GCCAGCCCUGGCGGAGCAGGACGCGACGUGGGGCCAACCUGGGGGCCCCCGACGCCCGCGGGGCUCCAUGCUUCUCCCCAGGGCCCUCUCCUGCGCCGUGCUGCUGCUGCUGCUCACUGCCGUGCUGGGCAGGGGCUGGAGGUGCAGCAUCGCCAGGAUCCUGCGGCAGUACCGCGCCGUCAUCUUCCACGAGAUCCAGAACCUGAAAAACCUGAGCGGGGCGGCAGAGAGGAGCAGUCGGGCCGGGCCGGUGUGCCGCUCUGACAAGGACCAGAGGAUCCUGCAGUCCAUCUACAACAUCAGCAUGUCGCUGCGGGACGCGGCGGGCGGUGCUCUGCGGGGCCCCGAGGAGGCAGCGGUGUGGAAGGUGGUCCGGGACACUGAGUUUGUGCUCAGGGAGAACUGCCGGCGCAUCGGCAAGAGCCCCCCGCGGCCCUCACCGCAGCCGCACCGCAGGAGGCAGCAGCUGAAGGAGGUCUCACGGAAGGCACAGAGGCUGGCCACGUGCUGGGAGAAGCUCAACGUGCUGCACGUGGCCCACCGGGACUCAUAGGGGACGCCCCGACACCUCGUCCUGCAUCUGGGGGCAGCGCAGAGCCCUGUGCUUUGGGUUCAUGGCUGCCGGCAUCCUGCAUCAAACUCUGGGGUGAACGGAACCUCACAGCUGGCUCAGCAGAUACGGGCAGGUGCCCGGGUUGAGUUCAUCCUCCUGGCCCAUAUGGUACCCGGGGACCAUCGUGGAGUCACAACCUGAAACCUGGGGAGGAAGAAGGGGUGAAGUGCAGAAAAUGGGGAUGCGGUGAUUUCUGUGCUGCUCCUCGCCCUGCAUCCCCUCCCCCUGCUGUCCUCCGGGGGCACCAACUGCUCUCCUGGGCAGAAAGAGGACAAUGCGACCCACGGGGCUGAGGGUUUCUGCUGGCACCGCAGUGCUGCGUAGCCGUGGGCAGAGGGAUGUGCAUCCUCAGUGCGUGUGGCUCUGGGACUGGGAGAGCCGCCCUGGGCCCCCAGCUGUGUGAGGGGGAUAGGGGGGAGCAAUGGGAUAAACAGCUGGGGAACGGAGGGUCGGUAUGAGCACGGCUGGGAGGGACCCUGAGGGGUGAGUGCAGCCCUAAGGGCUGUGCCCCCUCCCUUGGUUGGGGUGUGGGCUGUGCGAGCCUAGAAAUAAAUCCUCUCCUGGCUCUGCA